UCGAUAUACAUCCUAUUUUCGUCCCAUACACUCUUCUCGACAUUCUUAAAAAACCUCAAUCCGAACCUCGAAGGGCGUUGAUCGCGCUUGAGCUUACAACCACCACCACACCAGGCCGCUACUGCACUUGCACCUAAAGGCCACCCGAACCUCCUGCUUCUUCAAACUACGAACCGUAUCCGAAACACCACACACACAUAUUCGCCAUGGCUGAUCUCGUGGGUCGCAAGAUCUUCAAGGUCUUUAACCAGGACUUCAUUGUCGACGAGCGCUACACCGUCACCAAGGAGCUCGGUCAGGGAGCUUAUGGCAUUGUCUGCGCCGCCGUGAACACCCAGACGAACGAGGGAGUCGCCAUCAAGAAGGUCACCAAUGUCUUCAGCAAAAAGAUCCUGGCCAAGCGCGCCUUGCGCGAGAUCAAGCUUCUCCAGCACUUCAGGGGCCACCGUAACAUUACCUGCCUCUACGAUAUGGAUAUUCCCCGGCCAGAGAUGUUCAACGAGACCUAUCUCUACGAGGAGUUGAUGGAGUGCGAUCUUGCUGCUAUCAUCAGGUCCGGCCAGCCACUUACAGACGCUCACUUCCAGUCCUUCAUCUACCAGAUUCUCUGCGGUCUCAAGUAUAUCCACUCGGCGAACGUCCUCCAUCGUGAUCUUAAGCCCGGCAACCUGUUAGUUAAUGCCGACUGCGAGCUCAAGAUUUGCGACUUCGGUCUUGCGCGUGGUUUCUCCGUUGAUCCCGAGGAGAACGCCGGUUACAUGACGGAGUACGUUGCCACAAGAUGGUAUCGUGCUCCCGAAAUCAUGUUGUCCUUCCAGAACUAUACCAAAGCCAUUGACGUAUGGUCCGUUGGCUGUAUCCUUGCCGAGCUCCUCGGUGGUCGUCCCUUCUUCAAGGGCAGAGAUUACGUCGAUCAGCUAAACCAGAUUCUCCACAUUCUCGGCACACCGAAUGAGGAGACCCUCUCCCGUAUCGGCUCUCCCAGAGCCCAGGAAUACGUCCGCAACUUGCCUCCUAUGCCCAAGAAGUCCUUCCAGGCGCUCUUCCCCCAGGCCAACCCCGACGCCCUCGAUCUUCUCGACCGCAUGCUCGCCUUCGAUCCUAGCAGCCGUAUCAGCGUUGAUGAGGCUCUCAAGCACCCUUACCUCGCCAUCUGGCACGAUGCCAGCGACGAGCCCGACUGCCCUACUACCUUCAACUUCGACUUUGAGGUUGUCGACGAUGUGGGCGAGAUGCGCAAGAUGAUUCUCGACGAGGUCUAUAGGUUCAGGCAGCUUGUCCGCACCGUGCCCGGUGGUCACGAGCAGGGCGGUGCUCAACCCCAGGCUCCCGGUCAGGUGCCCAUGCCUACUGAUGUGCACGGUCAGCAAUGGACUGCCGAGGAUCCCAGGCCACAUGAGUAUGGCGCGUACAACGGCGGCCUCGAGGCCGAGCUUGGUGGUAGAUAAGCAAUGACAGAAGGAUGAAAAGGUUCUAUAUGCGAUAAUGAGACGAAAGGCUGGUUUGGGAAGCAUCUGAUGAUCAAACGUGACUCAGGUCGAUGUCUUGGCUGCAAAAGAACAGCAAAGACUAUGACAUGGGGUUUCUUUUUGG